UUGAAAUAAUAGUAUUUUUCUUAUUCUUAUUCAAAGCAGAAGUAGAAUGAGAAUUGGAACUCUUUGUGGUAGAUGUAGAUGUAAGUGGUCCAAUAAUUGGAGUAAAAACCGGCGAAGGGCCAAGAAGAUAAUGAAACAAAUCAUUCUUUCUCCAAAAAAAGAAAAAAAAAGCUUAAUCAGAUUUCAUCUUAAAAGAAAAAUAGGGGAAAGGCCAAUAAAAGAUCACAGUCCACUUUGCUUCUUCUCACCUCAAUUUGUCUGACAGCUAGCCGAUGCAUCCUUUUUGUGAUGGAUACUGCUUGACUCCUUCUAAGUAAGGAGAUACUUAUCCUUUCUACGAAUUACAGUUUGAUACAUAUGCAAAAAUAAUUCAUCAAAAUCACAACAACAAAAUCUGCCCACAUGUCACACUAUUAUUGACAGGAAUGUACGAACUCUUACUUAUAAAGGAAGGAGGGAAGUACUUUCCUUUUCUGACAUUAUCCUCAGUUUCCAAUUUUGGCUCAAAUUUCAACUUUAUUCUGUCUCUCUUUGGUUAUCUUAUCUGCAUAGACUUGUGUGGAGUAAAAAAACAGAGAGCCAAAACAGGACAUAUUGAAAAGUAUCUCACCAGAACUGCAAUGCAAACACACAAUCUAAGAUGAGCUCCAUAGAAGUACAAGGCAACAAGCCUCAUGCUGUAUGCAUUCCCUUUCCACUUCAAAGCCAUAUAAAGGCAACGCUUAAAUUUGCAGAGCUCCUCCACCAUAGAGGUUUUCACAUAAGCUUUGUUAACACAGAGUUCAAUCACAAGCGCUUUCUUAAAUCUCUAGGACUCAAUUCCCUUGAUGGCUUGCCUGAUUUUCGGUUUGAAGCCAUCCCAGAUAGCCUUCCAGAUUCAAAUGAAGAUACCACACAAGAUGUCACUCUGCUUGCUGAGUCCGUAGGAAAAAAUUUAUUUGCUCCCUUUCAUGCCCUCCUUGCAAUACUCAACAAUGAUGCCAUAGAAACAUCCAGCAAUCCUCCAGUGACUUGCAUUGUUUCAGAUGGUUUCAUGUCCAUGUUCACAAUCACAGCUGCUGAAGAAAUUGGAGCCCCUAUAGUGCUGUUCUACACUAUAGCUGCCUGCAGCUUCAUGGGAUUGAAACAACUUCGUGCUUUGGUCGAAAAAGGACUUGCACCACUCAAAGAUGAGAGCUGUUUAACAAACGGCUAUCUGGACACCGAAGACUUCAAAUCAAGAAAAAAGAUUCACUUUGCUACUUAAUCUAAGUCUUUGUCUUUUUGUCUUGAUUGAUCAACUGACUUUUCUUUGCACAGUUACUUGUGUGUCCAAAAUUUGACUAACUUGUAGAUUAGUUACUAGCAAGUCCAAUGUGUAUAAAGUCAUAAAAAUAUGUAGGAAACAUGGCUUUGUUUAUAUGUAUAUUGAGAUGUAAAUAGUAGCAUCAUGCUUAGUUUGUAUGUUUAAGUUACAAAAAAUAAAUUAAUAAGACAGAUAAAUUAAUAAGAUGAUAUAUGUGCUGCCUGUUAUGUUAAAAUACUGGUCCUAUUUAUAUAUAAAUUGAGAUCUAAACAGUGCCAUCAUGCUUAGUUUGGCAAGCUUAAGUUGUAAAAAAUAAACUAACAUAUUUUAUAUGCUGCUUGUUAUGUUAAAAUAUUAUGUAUAUUUUAAUAUAUCAAGCAGCUAUUAAAACAUCAAAAUAUGAGCAGCAUUGAGCUGCAUAUUGUUCCAAAAAAACUUGUACAGGCGUUUAUCUAUAUUUUAAUGGGUGGUGGACAUGGAUUUUUC